ACGCCACAAAACUGGAUCGACGACAACGAGUGACGUGGCGUUUCCUCGCCACACCGACAUCUACCGGUGACGCCAUCUUUCCUCGCCGCACCGGACACAGACGGACGCGCCUUCCGUGGUUCCUCGCCGAACGUGAUGAGCAGGAGCAGAGUCCUAUCGUCACAACAAUGGACAAGGAAAAGGGAAAGACGAAUGGGAAGGAGAAGGAGAAAGAGAGGACCUUGGACUCUAUUAUGAAGACUAAGUUGUCGGUCUCAGGGAUGCAAAAGGGGAAGGGGAAGGGCAAUGCAGCAGUUACUAUGCGGCUGCCAAGGAAGCUGGCAAAUGAUUCCAGCAAUGUCCCAAUCGCUGAGUUGUUAUAUAGGCUAAAGAGAAACCCCCGCCUCAAUGUCUCGUGUGACCACUGCGUUUUCAGGGCAAUUAUAUCCCACCUCCAACAUAUUCUACCCACACAUUGUGAGCAUCAAGAUUGCUCUGAGAAAAGCCAUGGCUCAUGAUGAUGAAUGCUACAAGAAAAUGGGUGAUGCGGUGAUGGAUAAAUUUGAUAAGUACUGGGAUGAGCCAAACAAUGUAAUGGUGCUUGCUACGAUCUUGGAUCCAAGGUACAAGAUGAGGUAGAUUGAGUGGUGCUAUCACCAAAUGUAUGAUGUGGGGAAAGAAAAUACCGAGAAGGAUAUUGUGCGCGCAGAGUUGGACACAUUGUAUGAGAAGUUUGUUGCCAAAAAUAAGCAAGCUGAAGGAAGAGCUAGUGGAUCAUCAGCCAAGAACAAUUGCAAUGGAAGUACCUCAAUGCCACUUAUGGAUUAUGACUACAUGGGUUCUUUGAAACCAGAAAUGGUGGAAGCCUUGGUGCGCGGUGCUAGUUAUAACAAAGGUUCUCACAAGGAUUUCAAUCUGGUGGAGAGGGAUGAAGAUGAGGAGGAUGAUGUUGAAAAUAUCAAGUUGCCCAAGAUUGUUGAUACAUUCGUGAGGUGGAUUGUUGAGGUCAAUGUGAUCGUGUCGUGCCAUUUCCUUUGUUGUGAUGAACUUCGAAUUAUGUGUUUGUUGUGAUGAACUAUGUACCUUAAAUGAUGUUGUGAUGAACUUCGAAUUAUGUGUUUGUUGUGAUGAACUAUGUACCUUAAAUGAUGUUGUUGUGAACUUGUAAUGAACUAUGAACUUUGUAUUAUGUGGUUUUCA